AUGGGAACCCAGGAACCUCAGUCUGCAAGAACGUGUCAACUCGGGCAACCUGGUCCGACGACCCCCUGGUAUCGCCCCUACGGUCACGGGGGUGGACUCUCCCUCGCUAUCGGAGUGUAUAUACAGGUUGCCAGUCAGUGUCUGGCUCUACUCGGUCAGCUAAGGUUUAUCAUGUUGCUGUUGGUCGUAGCUCUCAUCGUUCCUGCCCUGGGGGCCCGCCCAGGAUUCACAGACACCGGCACUAUAGAGUGGAGGGACUGUGGUGUUGGCGACUCCUGGGUUUCCGUGAAGCAGUUCGACAUCACCCCCACCCCCAUCAAGCUUCCCGGAGAUAUGACCGUGACCCUUGAUGGAACAAUCAACCACGAUCUCAGUGACCAGGUCACACUGGACGUUCUCAUUGAGAAGAACCUGCUCGGGCUUUUCACCAGGGUGGGCUGCAUUAAAGAUGUCGGCACAUGCCACUACACCGAUCCCUGUCACUUCCUGGACACCUUCAAAAAUCGGGGCACCUGUCCGCCCCAGCUGACUGCCAACGGCCUCCCCUGCACCUGCCCCUUCAGCCCCAUGAAGCUCCACCUGCCCCCAUCCAAGUUCACCGUCACUAGCAUCGGGGAUUUCUGGAAGCUUAUUUUAGAUGAUGGCGAGUUACACGUAAAGAUCACCAUGAACGACAAGCGCACUAACCAACUUCGUGGCUGUGUGGAAGCCUACCUUGAUACCGUUGUGUAAAUACCAGGUCCUGACCUGAGUGAAGUUACGUGUCUAUUUGAUGGUUGAAAGUAAGACAAAUAAAUU